AUGGAUCCGCGAUUCGAUCCUCACUGUCUGGAGGACUACAGGAAAGAUCCUCUCCUUUACAAGGCCCAUUCCGCGGCGAUUUGGGCGAAUGGCGGCUGGAAGGUUAUCCAGCAAGAGGGCUUUCAUACCGCCUGCAUGGACGGCGGUGGACGGUUCUACUUCACCAUGUUAGGGUCGACGUUUCUUCGUGCAGACCUGGGUGUCUGUGUGCCGCCCUCCUGUACAGAAGAUGACAUCACGUGGCGCGUGUUUCCACUUCUCUUCAGGCAGUAUUUCGACUUCGGUGAGCAGCAUGACCUGCAGUUCGCGGUGCAUUAUCUGCCGUACGAACCGCUUUCUUGGGCCUUCGUCGAGGAACUUCCGAGCGAGACCUUCUGGAGUCUCGUAACUUUGGCCACCCUCGCG